AUGGAGCACUUUGAAACGGUGUGGGCCAACUGGGCAGGCUAUCCUCAGGAGGUGUAUGUAGAUCCGGGAGGGGAGUUUGUUUCAGACGCCUUUGCUGUGCGCAUGCAGGAGACUGGCGUUCAUGUAAAGAUGUCUGCAAGUGAUUCCCAUUGGCAACUGGGGAGAACAGAGAUCCAUGGAAGUACCGUAAAAGGGAUGUUAAGUAAGAUGGACCUUGAGAAAGCAAUCGACAGCUCUCUGGAUUUCCAGGCAGCACUCCGUCAGGUCUUCCACGCUAAGAAUACGUUGUGCCGAGCUGACGGCUAUACGCCCCAACAAUCAGUGCUAGGAAUAUCUCCGAGGCUCCCAGGUUCUUUGCUAUCAGAUAGCAACGCUGCCCCACAUGCCUUGGCGGACAGCGCCACGACAGAAGGUGAACGUUUCUUGGAGAGACUGCGGCUCCGGGAAAGUGCACGGCGUGCAUUCCACUAUGUCGACAACAGCUCCAGUUUCAGACGUGCGUUGUUGAGACGCACUCGACCUUUGCGACAGGAUUGGGAAAAGGGCGACCUUGUGCUUUACUGGAAGAGACGUGGAGGCAACCUUCGCCGAGAACAUGGUAGAUGGCAUGGUCCGGCUGAAAUCAUAGCAAUUGAAAAACAAAAGGUGGUCUGGCUAAGUCACGCUGGACGCCUGAUCCGAGCUAGUCCUGAGCAAUUGCGUGCAGCCUCACUUAGAGAAUGGGCAAGACUUCCGAAAGACUCGCUAGGACACCCGCUUGAACAAGGGCGAGAUCUCAAGGAGAAGCUCAAGCAAGCCCCCUCGUUCCUCGACCUAGAAGAUGAGGGAACUCCGACGGACGAAGACAUGUUGGCUCCCCUAGAAGAACGGUCUGAAGGAGGGUCGUUACCUGAGCCCGAACCGGAUAGUGAGGAAGCCACUGUAGAAUCCACAAGACCGAACAUUUUAUCAGUGCCGCCUGAUUUUCCGUUACCAGAUUUGACUCCACAGCAGCUUGAAAAUCAAGCGGCAAGCCAGAACAUUCCUGUGCCUGAUGAUAACAUGUCUGAUCUCGAGUUCGGGGACACCGAAAUGCAGGGCUCUGAAGAAACCUCGGAUGUUAUGUUUGGCGUGGUUGAUCAGUGUUGGGAGAUAGAUGUCACUCCCCCCGAAACAUGGCAACUUCCCCAAACGGUCGACGAGGACAUGAUUUUCUUGGCCAGUGAAAGUAGGAAAAAGCGGGUCGAGGUUCGCUUGCGCGAUUUGACUGUGAGCGAUCAGAAACGAUUCGCAGCAGCCAAGCACAAAGAAGUGAACGCAUGGCUGUCCCAUGGCACGGCUCCGGGUGAAAUCAGGGAGGCGCUAGGUAUGGGUCCCCAAGACGAUUGUGAGUUAAAGGGAGGGGCUUAUGGUAGAAUAGAUGCGCCCUAUCUUUGGUAUCAGGAGUUACGUAAAGCAUUACUCGACCUGAAUUUCCAGCAAUGCCCCCUAGAUCCCUGUCUCUUUUCCCUAUCCUCCAGAGAUACCACCGGUCAGUCCCGAAGUCAUGGUGUCAUUGGCAUUCAUGUUGAUGAUGGCAUCUGUGGAGGAGAUUCAGUGUUCCAUGCAGCCCUGGAAAAGCUACGACAGCGUUUCAGUUUCGGAUCCUUUGAAAAAGGGAGUUUUGUUUUCACCGGAAUCCGUCUGCAUCAGUGGGAUGAUAUGAGCAUCGAGAUGGACCAGACCGAUUAUAUUGAGAGUAUCGAUGCUAUUAAUGUUCCUAGGGAUCGUAGGAAACAUCCCGAUGCUCCAGUGACGGAGGCCGAGCGCCGUCUGUUACGACAACUUAUUGGAAGUCUCCAAUACGCUGCCGUUCACACAAGGGCUGAUGUUUGUGCUAAAGUAGGGGAACUCCAAUCAGCUGUCAACCAGGCAAAAGUCUUUCAUCUUUUAGAAGCCAAUAGGGUGCUGCAAGAAGCCAAGCAACAUCAUGUUUCAAUCAUGGUCGUUCCCAUCGCAGAAAGUGAGCUCACGUUUUGUGCUUUCUCGGACGCAAGCUUCGCUUCAAACACCAAGAACCAUGCCCACCAGGGAACUGUGAUCUUUUCCACAAGUGCCUCCAUUUUGGAGAACAACACUGCAGUGGUUUGUCCUAUGGCUUGGGCCUCGAAGAAGAUCUCCCGGGUAGUUCGUAGCACUUUGGGAGCAGAAGCCAUUGCUCUCAGCAAUACUGUGGAUAGGCUCUCGUGGAUUAGGAUCCUUUGGGCUUGGUUGAAAAAUGAUCAAGUUGCGUGGCAUCGGCCCGAAGAAGCUCUUCAGUCAGAACCGACAGCUGCCGCAGUUACGGACUGUAAGUCUGUUUAUGAUAUUAUCUCCAGGACCGCUCCCCCACAAUGCGAGGAGCAUAGGACCACAAUUGAGUGUCUCCUCAUUCGGCAGAGAAUGCAGGACAACUGUCGGUUACGCUGGGUUGCUUCUCAGGCAAUGCUUGCAGACUGUUUGACGAAAUCGAUGGACGCCAGUCGAUUGCGAGAAUGUCUGCGAACAGGACGCUAUUCCCUGUUCGAUGAAGAUCGGGUUCUCAAACAACGGGCUGAUAAGAGGCAGCAACUGAGGUGGGUCAAAGGGGAACCUGAAGAAGGAGUCCCAGAGGAGCGUGGAGAAGCCUGUCUCCAUAGCAGUCACGAAAAGCAAGAUUUCUGGAGGCUAGACAGAGCUCGAGGGGUAAUCGAGCGAGUUCAUCGUAGUCCUCGUUGGGAAAGGUUUACUCCCAUAGGCGUAGGUGAGUGUCCGGUAGAGUUUGGCUCUAUAGGGGUUGAGAGGACUACAAUAGCUAAUCUUUCCUCCGGGAAGCGAAUUAUUUCUAGUGACAUCUGGGUUGGUUCCAAUGCCUAUCUCCGAGAGAAUGAGGCAUGGACCGGAAUCACGCGAUUUCAACUCAAUGAGCCUUCCACGCAGGGAACAGUCAGCUCAAACACAUCUCACAAAUUUUCAUAG